AUGUCCGACGCACAAACACGCUCUCAAACAGCCUUGAAGGAGUCAAUUCUUGGAGAAAUUGAAUCUGCCCUAGGUCCUCGCCUUGAAGAGAUGUACAACCGCCAUAAUGAUCUGGAGGAAAAGAUGGACAAACAGCUCCACAAGAUAGAUAAAGACUUAGCUGGUAUGUUCGACGCGAUUCGUUCGUUGUCCGAUAACGUCGCUUCUUCGUCGCCUAAUCCCUCUCCUGACAACAACUCACCAUCGUUCUCACCUCCCGGACCUACUACUACUCAUGAUUCCCACCGUCCUCGCCCUACUCCUUCUACACCUUACUCAGGAAUGACACGACUUGCUAAGAUAGAGUUCCCAAGGUUUUCUGGUGAUCGAUUUCAAGAGUGGCUCUUUCAAGCCGAACAAUUCUUCUCCAUUGACAACACACCGGAAGACUUGAAAGUCAACAUCGCUUCAGUUCACUUCGAUGGUCUUGCCGCUAAUUGGCAUCAAUCGAUUGUGCAAUCUGAACUUGGUCAAUCGGUUCUCUCUAGCUGGCCCGCUUACAAACUACGACUACACGAACGUUUUGAAGAUAUUUUGGACGACCCUAUUCUAGAGUUAAAGCGUUUACAAGAGACUAACGGCAUCGUUGAGUACCAUGGCCGGUUUGAACUCUUGCGUACUCGAGUGAACUUCUCUGAAGAUUAUUUAGUUCGCCAUUACUUAGCUGGUCUCCAAACAGAAACGCAGAUGCAUGUGCGCAUGUUCCAACCAACCUCUGUUCGUCAGUGCUUACUUCUUGGGAGGUUGUAUGAACAAGCUCAUCCCAAGAAACCUCAGUUCUUUCGUCGAAAGGAUUCAGAGAUGCGACCUACACAAGUGGAGAAAACGCCUGAAAAGGAAUACGCUCCUCAGAAGUUUCUUACUAAUGCCGAGAUGGUUCAACGUCGGAAGGAUGGCUUAUGUUAUUACUGUCCUGAAAAGUAUACUCCAGGCCAUUUUCUUAAACACAAGAAGACACAACUUUUCAUGAUUGAAACAGGGGAAGAAGAUGACCUUGAAGCUGCUCCAGAGAUACAAAACGAGGAAGAAGAAGCCAUAGAUAUCGCUACAAUCUCUGUUAAUGUUGUUUCAGGAAUUUCCGACUACAAUACUCUAAGGGUCAAAGGAGAGUGUGGGAAACGCUCCAUAUUUGUCCUUAUUGACUCUGGUUCUACACAUAAUUUCGUUGAUACUCGUACGGCGGAGAAGUUAGGUUGUACGGUACGCACUUCAACGAGAUCUCGAGUUACUGUUGCUGAUGGUCGUCGAAUUGCUAUUCAGGGUCAUAUCGACAAUUUCAGGUGGACGUUUCAUGGUACCACUUUUGAAUCCGAUGUUAUGGUCAUUCCUCUUGGAGGUUGUGACAUGGUACUAGGAGUCCAAUGGUUACACACCUUAGGCCCUAUUACUUUUGAUUUUAAGAAACUCGAGAUGUCUUUUAAAUGGGAAGCAAGGAAGAUUCUACUUCACGGAAUUAAGCAAGACUCGGUACGUCAUGUGAAAGCUGCAAAGUUAAACAAAUUACAAGACGAAGAUGUGCAGUUGGCCAUGCUUUACGUUCAAUCAGGGGUAGAAGAAGAACCAAUCCAAUUUUAUUCUCUCGACGCGACAACAACCUCCACCACCGUUUGUCCUGCGAUAGAUGGAUUGCUUACUGAGUUUUUCGAUAUUUUUGAGGAGCCAACAACUUUGCCUCCAUUCCGUGAACAUCAUAACCAUCGUAUCCCUCUUUUGGAAGGCUCUAAUCCAGUGAAUCAACGACCUUACCGCUAUGCCAUCCACCAGAAGAAUGAAAUCGAUACUAUGGUGCAAGAGCUUUUAACCGCAGGUACUAUUCAACCUAGCUCUAGUUCUUUUGCAUCACCGGUGGUUCUCGUUAAAAAGAAAGAUGGAAAUUGGCGUCUUUGUGUCGACUACCGUGGCUUGAAUGGUCUGACAGUUAAAGACAGAUUCCCAAUUCCAUUGAUUGAAGACCUUAUGGACGAACUAGGAGGCUCCAAGGUCUACUCUAAAAUCGACUUGAGAGCCGGUUAUCAUCAGGUUCGGAUGGAUCCUCUUGAUGUCCACAAGACAGCGUUUAAAACACAUGGAGGACACUUUGAGUAUCUAGUAAUGCCAUUUGGGCUUACUAACGCGCCAGCUACUUUUCAAAGUUUGAUGAACUCUAUCUUCAAGGAAUUUCUUCGGAAAUUUGUUCUCAUCUUCUUUGAUGACAUUUUGAUAUACAGUUCUUCUAUGGAACUUCAUAUCACUCACCUGCGUUGUGUUUUUGAGUUAAUGCGCCAGAACAGCUUGUUUGCAAAACAGAGUAAAUGUUCGUUUGCAACAGAUCGGGUGGAGUAUUUGGGGCACUUUAUUGAAGAAAAAGGUAUUUCAACGGAUCCAAGCAAGGUUAAGGCUGUCGCAGACUGGCCUAUUCCGGUGAACCUUAAACAACUCCGAGGGUUCUUAGGGUUAGCUGGUUAUUACCGACGUUUCGUCAAGAAUUUUGGAACAAUAGCUCGCCCCUUGACUGCCUUAACGAAGAAGGAUAGUUUUGAAUGGUCAGAAGAAGCCCUUCACUCGUUUAAAGAUUUGAAACGAGCAUUGUGUGAAGCUCCGGUGUUGGCCCUACCAUUAUUUGAUACACCUUUUGUGGUCGAGACUGAUGCUUGUAGCCAGGGAAUAGGAGCUGUACUUAUGCAGAAUGGCCAUCCAUUAGCUUACAUAAGUCGUCAUUUAAAGGGUAAGCAACUUCACCUCUCUAUCUAUGAGAAAGAAUUGUUAGCUGUGGUCUUUGCUGUAACAAAAUGGCGCCAUUACUUGCUCAAUGGUCACUUUGUGAUCAAGACGGAUCAAAGGAGUCUCAAGUAUUUACUUGAGCAGAGACUCAACACUCCGAUACAGCAGCAGUGGCUACCUAAAUUACUCGAGUUUGAUUACGAGAUCCAAUACAAACAGGGGAAAGAGAAUUUGGUUGCUGAUGCAUUGUCUAGAGUCGAAGGAGCCGAGGUUUUACACAUGGCCAUGUCUGUUUUACAAUGCGAUUUACUACAGCAGAUUCAGGCUGGUUACGAUACUGAUCCAACAGUGAGGGAUUUGAUAGCAGAGUUACAACAGAAACCAUUAGCCAAAAAACAUUUUUCUUGGACACAAGGCAUCUUACGGAGAAAGAGCAAGAUUGUGGUCCCCGAUAACGUGCUUCUUCGAAAUAAAGUUUUGGAAUGGUUACAUUGUUCUGGAAGUGGUGGCCACUCAGGGAGAGACGCAACACAUCAACGUGUGAAAGGCCUCUUUUAUUGGAAAGGGAUGUCGAAAGACAUUCAAUCUUAUAUCCGUGGAUGCAAUGUGUGUCAGCAGUGUAAGUAUGAUCCAGCAGCAUCACCAGGGCUGAUUCAACCUUUACCAAUCCCUGAGACAAUCUGGACUGAUAUCUCUAUGGAUUUCAUUGAUGGCUUGCCUUCUUCUUAUGGGAAGACGGUUAUUUUCGUUGUGGUCGAUCGGCUUAGUAAGGCAGCUCAUUUUAUGGCCCUUUCACAUCCUUAUACCGCUUCCUCCAUCGCUCAAGUCUUCUUGGAUAAUGUGUUUAAGCUUCAUGGCUUUCCACAAUCUAUUGUUAGUGAUCGUGAUGCUAUCUUUCUUAGUGACUUCUGGCGUGAACUCUUCAGCCUUCAAGGAGUUGCCCUUAACCUCUCUUCAGCCUUCAAGGAGUUGCCCUUAAUUUCAGCGUAG